AAAAGUGUGGGUUCUCGAACGCAGCUUGAAACCAUAACAACCUCCCAAACACUAACAAAGGGACGCACGAAGAGAGCUAAAAGCAUGUCAUGUAAAAGAACUCGGGUUAACUCGUCGAAGAAAAAGAAAGAUGUUUUCUCAAUCCCCAAGUCGCACUGUAAUUCUUCGAACAAGCUCACCGAAGAUGAAGCCGAUCGAGACAGUAGCAUGUAUCUUUCAGACACCGAGGAUGGUGCUUUUAUUAUGCAGCCAUUGACGAAGAAGUUCCGUAAGGCUAACGAUAAUGAUGAAGUACAUUGUCAAAGUAAAUUUAUGUUUAAUUGUUGCCUGUGUGAAUAUAGUGGAAGCAACAUGGUCGACCACUACGUAAGCAAACAUCCAGAUCAGGAGGUGUUCAUCAGUCGCGUUUCACCUGAUCAAGCCGACGUAAUACGAAAGCAACCAUCUGCCAUACACGGAAAAUGUAUCAUUUUGGAUAAAGUUCGGCGGUCCAUAUCAUGCCUGUGCUUGUUUUGUGAGAGUGUCUAUGUUUUAACACCUGAUGAAUGGAUCGAGCAUAUUGUUCGUCACACAGGAGAGUUUGUGUAUUGUAACGAUAGCAAAACCUCGAUAAAAGUAAACAGCGACAUUGAGUUUAGUUCUAAUCACAUGUAUGCUCACAUAUGUGAUAGGUGCAAUUUUGUGCAAGUUAGCUCUACUAAUAUGAAGAAACACUUCUCUAUGCAUCAUUCAUGCGAUCAUCCGGACGUUGAAGAAUACAUUCGAUUUAGUUUAGUGAAUUAUCAUGAUGAAUCUGAAGGCGAACAUGAUGAGCUACUUGACGCUAGUACCUGUACAAAAUCGGAAUUGGAUAUUAGCUGUGAUAUAGUCAACCUACCAUUAUCAAUCAGCGGGGACAUCCCAUUCGAAGCAAACAUUGCAUCGGAACAGCCAGCUUCGGAUUUGUGUUACUUCCAAGAGUCUAUUGUAAAAGAGGAGGUUCACUUUAAUGAUUCGAUAGUUGAGGACAAUCGAUUUGAAAACUGUCACGGAAUGCCGGUGCUUCAGGAUGUUGGAAACGGUGAUAAUUUCGAUAGGCAUUCGAUGGUAUCGGCCGAUAGUGAACGUACAAUAGAUAUGCCAAAUGUCAAACCUGAUAUUGCCACUAUUACAAACGAUAUUGAUGGACAACCAAAUGAAAAGGAACCAUUGAAUUACGAUUCUGAUGAUAGCAUGUGCACGAUUCCCAUGGACGAAACAGACUACAAAGAAAUAACAAAAAUUAAAGCCGAAGAUGCUUUGGAUGAGCAAACUCUGUUAAGUGCAGAACAAUGUACCGGUAAUGGUACAGGUAAUCAAAGCCCAGCGAUACAAAACACGGAAGAUCGAACCACCAGUGCGAGAAAUGAUACGUUAGUCGAAGCUCAUAGAGAUGAAUCACAAUCAACUACUAUAGAGGUUCAUAAGACCAUAGCUUGCACGGAGGCGUUUGCGAUUAGAAAAAUUGGUACAAGCCAAACCUAUGUAUGUCUUUAUUUGGGCUGUCGCAGAGUUGAACAAAACAUAGACUUAUUACGAGAGCACGUAGAGAGAGAACAUGCGCAUGAUAAAUGGAACGGCUAUUGCCAUACGUGUUGCAAACUCGUUAGAAGCACAUAUAACAAUCCACCUUUAUUCGUAGUUGACCAGCUCCAACAUUUUUUGGAAAAGCAUACAGAAUCGAAGAAGAUACAGAGCCAACCAAAAAUCAGAUUGCGGAAGUUGCCUGGUGAUUUGCUUUCUGGAGCUGUGGAGUAGAUGAUGGAGCGAGAAAACGUCUCUCUGUCCAAUGGAGAAAGUUCAAAAAUGUUGUAUCUGGACUGUACCAAGCUUUACAUCGCGCAAGAGGAUUUUAAUGGUUGCGUAUCUAGCCCAUCAUAAUUGCAAUAAGGGACCUGGUAGAAAUAAACAAUGUUGUUGCUGGACUCAGUACAUAAAGAUUGUGAUUUCGAAUGAAACCGUUGCUUUUACCGGAACCGCUCCAAGCGUUUUCGCCCAUCAACAGUCUUGUCAUGAUGCCAAAGAACAAUUGUUUAUAGUUCGGAAAAAGCUGCAUCGACGCUAAGGAGCAUUUUACUACCACGUAGGAGGUGCUAAAUAAAUAUUGUGUCAGUACACAAGUUGAAUAGAUAGUGAAUGCAGCAGUUGUACACAUAGCCCAUCAAGUAGUCGUAGCAAUCACUAAACGAAGAGAUAACUACGAACGAGAGAUGGAGCGCUCCAAAAACAUGUGUUAGGAAUUGUGCUCUAGAAGUCUUGGGUGUGCGUCGGCGAAGGAUCACUCG